AUGAAAACUUAAAUAGACAGUUCAAAUGAAAAUUAGGAAAAACCUUAAAAAGAUCUUGCCAUUCUCUAUAAGAGGUUCAGCUAUAAUAGUCAAGACAUUAUCAAUCAUUUGACCGAGGAUUUCACCACUUCAUCAUGUGAAAGAAGUAAAAAAAUAGAGUUUUUGAAGAAAUAGAUCACAGAUUCAGAUUAAAGUUUUGAAUAAUUAGUCAAUAGUCUUUCUUAAAGUUUACAAACUCAAUACAUUCCUAUAGUAUAAUAAGAAACUGGUAAUGAAAACAAGACUGCUUUUUCAUUUUCUUUUAAUCCAAAUCAAAAUAAACAGCUCAGCUAACCAUAGAAAUAAGAAUCGAAUCCAAAUUUAUAUCCUGCUAUAGGAGUUGGAAUGGUAAUUGGUGGCACAGCCUUAGCAGCAGGUACUGGAAUUGCAUCAACUACAUCAUCUUUAAGUAGUGGUGGAAUAUCAUAUCCUUCAUUUAGUAAUCUUAGCAAUACCUUACCAAGCUCAACUUAAAAUCUUCUUUAAAGCAAUCAAUAUCCUGGCUUAACUUAGACACAAUCCUCAAGCGACUAAUUUUCUCCAGUAGCCCUAGUAUAAUUAAUCUUUUAACUCUACUGGCUAAUUCGACAAUCUACAGUAUCUUCAACAUAGCAGACUCUUAACAAUUAGCAACAACAAUAAUAUUAAUAUCCACCUUAAUAAAAUCAACCUAUAACUCUUUCCCCAGAUGCAGGCAAUAAUGUUUAAUAACAACCAAAAGUGAUUUAAAACAAUUAAAUAACUUUGAAAAAUCUAAAUCAAAAGGGUUAAUUGAGAACCAUAUAUUGCCCAUAUGAAAUUAUUGAAGCUUUUAUCACAAUAGCUUAAUCUAAUACUUAAAGAAAACUUGAGACAUGCGCUAUUCUAGCUGGAAGUGAGAGGAAUGGAGCCUUAAUUAUUGAUACUUUAAUAGUGCCAACAUAAGAAGGUCAUACAGAUCACUGCUUUAUGACAGAUGAAAUAUAGCUAUUUGAAGCAUAAAUGGCUCACAAAGUCAUGACUCUUGGCUGGAUUCAUACUCACCCCUAAUAUAGCUUAUUUCUGAGUUCUGUUGAUGUACACAAUCAAAUGGGCUAUUAACUGCAAAUGCCUGAGGCAGUAGCUAUUGUCUAUUCACCGAUUGAGAGUGCAAGAUAUAAAACUUUCAGAGUUAAGGAUAAUAGAGUACCCGAGAUUCAGAAAUGCACUAGAUCAGGGUUCCAUGAGCAUAAAGAUCAAUAUGGACAGCCAGCAUUCGAAGAGUGUUCCCAUAUUAGAUAUAUCAAAGCAUCAGAAAACAAUAUAAGAGUAAAAACAGUUGACUUAAGAUGA